ACACACACACAUACACACACAGAGGGUGGGAAGAAAAAAAAAAAAAAAAAAAGGAGAAGUAUCUAUUUGUGCCGAGAGUCACGAAUUGACCGGGCGGCGCUGAUCCGCAGAGAGACGCAGCCAGGUUCUCCCCGGCGGACCGGCUCCGGACAGGUGUGGGGCACCCGCUGACAAUGCCACGCUCCUUCCUGGUGAAGAGCAAGAAGGCUCACACCUACCACCAGCCCCGUGCCCAGGAGGAUGAGCUGCUCUGGCCACCGGCCCUUGGCCCUGUGGCCAGGGACCAGGUCCCGAGCACCAUCCCUGUCCUCAGCUCCCUGUUCCCAAACCAGCGCCUGGACUGGACGGACCUCAAACGGGAGCCGCAGCUGGAGCUGGAGCAGAGCCCGAUGACCCGGAUGGCCUCGGGCCCAGAAGGACCUGCUGUGACGUCCCGACCCCAGGAUGGGGACUCGCCCUCCUCCGACUCACCCCCGUUCUACAAGCCCAGCUUCUCCUGGGACGCCCUGGCCUCCUCCUAUGGCCACAGCUACCGGCAGGCCCCCUCCACCAUGCAGUCCGCCUUCCUGGAACGCUCCGUCAGCCUGUAUGGCAGCCCUCUGGUGCCCAGCGCCGAGCCACCCUUGGACUUCAGCCUCCACUACUCCCCGGGCAUGGACGCGUACCACUGCAUCAAAUGCAGCAAGGUGUUCUCCACCCCCCACGGGCUGGAGGUGCACGCCCGCCGCUCUCACAGCGGGACCCGGCCCUUCGCCUGCGACGUCUGCGGGAAAACCUUCGGCCACUCCGUGAGCCUGGAGCAGCACACGCACGUCCACUCCCAGGGGAUCCCGGCCGGGUCCAGUCCUCCGCCCAGCUUGGCAGCCCCAGGCCGCGAGGCCCCGCCUGACCCCCCGGGGCCUCGUUUCCUCCGGCAGGAGCGCAGCUUCGAGUGCCGGAUGUGCGGCAAGGCCUUCAAGCGCUCGUCCACCCUGUCCACGCACCUGCUCAUCCACUCGGACACGCGGCCCUACCCCUGCCAGUUCUGCGGCAAGCGCUUCCACCAGAAGUCCGACAUGAAAAAGCACACCUACAUCCACACCGGUGAGAAGCCACACAAGUGCCAGGUGUGCGGGAAGGCCUUCAGCCAGAGCUCCAACCUCAUCACCCACAGCCGGAAGCACACGGGCUUCAAGCCUUUCAGCUGUGAGCUGUGCGCCAAGGGCUUCCAGCGCAAAGUGGACCUGCGGCGGCACCGGGAGAGCCAGCACAACCUCAAGUGAGGCUGCCCUGAGCCCGGCUCCCCGCCGGCCUCGAGACCGUGUCACCUGGAGAGAGGCCAGUCUCACACACCCAGAUCCCCAGUCUCGUGGAGGCAGCCCUGGACAGGACUCAUCCAACUUGGUUUGAGACUCAAAUUGCUGUGUGACCUCAAGGAAGUCACCUUCCCUCUCUGGACCAGCAUUUCCCCUGCCGCUGCAAAGGGGCAGCUGGGCCUUUUCCAAGCCGAUGCUGUCUGCAGGUCCGGGAGCUCAGAGCCUUCCCCUGUCAGAGCCCAGGAGGCCAGAGUAGCCCCAGGUGGGCCCAGAGAAAUCCUCCCCUAUUUGCUGCCCCCGGGGAUCGGGUCAGCUUGGCUUUCAGCAGGCCUCUUUCUGGGAGAUGGUCAGAGCCAUCUCCCGCCUCAGUGGGAGGCCUAGCACCCCUCUGCUUCAGCCGGCUGAUCCCCACUUCUGACGGGCACUCGGGCCACGGGGAUUCCAGUUCUGCUGUCAGACCAUGGAGAAGCCAGCAGUCACUGCUGUCAAAAGCCUGCUCCUCUCAACAGCUGUAAAUAAAAAUAAAGACACCCCUUUACUUA